AUGCCGCAGCAAUCAAGCAAAACGGAAGUCCACGACCGAAAGUUACGUGUUUUCGAUGUGGAAAACAAGGCCACAUUGUUCGAGAGUGUCGCAGUUCAAGCCAACGCCAAGACCGUUCCAACGUGCAAUGCUACGAAUGCGGGAGGUACGGACACUUCGCCCGUGAAUGUGGAAACUAUGCGCCUUUAAACUUCCAAGGGCCGUCUCGAGGAACCACAGGCCGGUAAGCAGCCCCGAAACAAGUAAGAACUGUGACUUUAGUAAUAAUUCUACUAAUGUUUUUAAUGAUAGUUUGCCAGAACAUCCAUUUGUUGCCUGUCUCAUUGACGGCGUACCUGUCAAUGCUUUCUUAGAUACUGGGUCAAUGAAGUCUUUUAUUAGUGAUAAAGUUUAUAAUAUCUUUGAUUUUGACUGCAGUCGAUUAGAUAAGUCGCAGUUACAGCGUUGUACCUCAAUUACUGGAGGGGACUGAAAUAUUGCAGGAACCGUGUCUACGAGCGUGACAUUUUCACGUUCUAUUAAAACAUAACUAUCAUAGCUCUUUUCUUGUAGCAUGCGGUAAUAUACCAUAUGAUUGUGUUUUGCUUUGGGACUUUAUUAUGCAGCAUAAAUUAUGUGUUCAAGGGAAUUUCUUGGGAGGGGAAGUCGUUAUCAGUUAAUAGGGACCUAUGGGAAAAUCCCAAUACAUGCGGAGCAUCCAGCUUUGAAGGUGCGAUCGAACGGAGCUGUGAUUACAGAGGCCAACUCACCCGUUGUUUCCCCCAAUGAAGGGAGCAAAACCAAUGCGGUACUUGUGCAAUGUCUGUUGAAAGGUGUCGAUAAAGUAAUUCUGUCUGAAGCAGUGGCAAUUCCGGCUCGAUCGGAAAUGGUAAUUGAAGGUAAGAUACAGGCAAAAGAUAUUUCACAGGUUGACAUGAUAUCAGCUAGUCAGGCAGAUAGUGUUACACAUUUACAAGGAUUACACGCAAUGACGCACAUAUCCUCUGCCAAGGGUUGACGAUUUACUUGAGUCGAUUGGAAAUGCAAAGCAUUUUACCACACUAGACCUAAACUAAGCGGCUACUGGCAAAUUCUCGUUCACCCUGAUGAUCGUGAAAAAACUGCCUUUGUCACGUAGAGCGGCUUAUAUGAAUUUAGUCUUAUGCCUUUUGGCCUAGCAACCGCGCCCGCAACAUUCCAACGAGCAAUGGAACAAGCUUUAGCAGGCUUUACAUAUAGUAUUUGUCUUUGCUACUUAGAUGACAUAAUUAUCUUUAGUAACAGUAUUACUGAACAUUGUAACCGAUUAAGAGCGAUCUUAAAUCGCUUCCGGCAGCAUUAUUUCCGCUUAUAGUUGGCAAAAUGUAAUUACGACGCUAAAAAGGUUAAAAAGGUUCACUAUUUAGGGCAUAUGAUAUCCGAUGACGGAGUUAGCCCCCUCCCUUCAAAAAAUGAAGCAAUAAAACAGAUUCCUGUGCCGAAGACAGUGAAGGAAGUCCGAAGUUUUUUAGGGUUGUCUGGAUACCACCGACGUUUUAUUAAGGAUUAUGCAACGAUUUCGGCGCCUCUCCCUAAAUUGACCACGAAAACCAGCAACAAGCAGUUUAACUGGACCGCAGAUUAUGAAUAUGCUUUUACAAUUGUAAAAACAUGCCUACGCAAUUCGCCGGUUUUGGUUCACCCUAAAUUUGACAGAGAAUUCCUCCUACAAUCCGAUGCCUCGGAUAUAGGAUUAGGAGCAAUCUUAUGUCAGCUUGAUGACAAUGGCGUAGAGCGGCCAAUCGCGUAUGCAUAA